AUGGAAACAUGCUUAAACGCCGCAGACAUCCUAGAACGGCUUCUCCAAAAAGACGGAUUCACAAAGUGGGGCUUCAUUAUCUAUCGCUGCACGUAUCAAAGCCAAAAAGACUGGGAAAGUUUCAUGGCUCGCUUCCUCCAGUCCGUCACGGAAUACCUUGCGUUCAGCAGGGGUCUAGACAUGCUAGAAGGGUUUACCCCAACGGUCUUUGAAGACCUCUCAUUUGAUGGCGCGACCACCGCUGUUCUCCGCGCCCAUUUCAGGAAGUGGGCUACGACUGCACCGCUGCAGGAACAGGGCGUCGAUACUUUCGGGAAGUCGGGUCGCUACAGAUUUUUUGUCAUGGUCGAUCAGGAGGCGCUAGAGUCCGUCUUGAACUCGGACCCGGAUGCCAUGACGCAAACCGGGUUUGUUAAUCUGGUUUAUGGAGAAUGGGAACCGGGGGUAAAUGAAGAUGGCAAUGAGUCAGUCGAUUUGGACGAGCUUGAGCCCCUGGAGGGAUGCACGCAGGAAGAUGUUGGUUGGAUGAAAGUGCCUUACGAUGAGGUGCAGGGGAUUGGAGCCACGGCAAUGUGCGAUAUGCACGACUGGGAUAUGUAUUAUGCUCGUCCUCCAGAAAUGCAGGCCUUGGAUUGA